CGCCACUUUCUUUAACAAGAAAUUGAGGUAGUGAUGGCUAUAAACAGCAUCUAUAUCAUUGAAGCGCAGAAUUCAGUCGCUAAAAGGAAAAAUAUAUUGUAAAUCAUGUUUUCUCUACAUCGAACGUAUUCUACAUCAAAAGCUUAUCUGAUGUGUGUACCGUACACCGAUUCAGUUUUUUCCAAAAGACUUAAUCAUCGACAUACUUCCAAGCGCACUUCAAGGGAGUUGUAUCAAACACUUGGUAUUACAGAAGAUUGUGACGAUGAGGCUAUAAGAUUAGCAUUUGUUUAUCUUGCAAAGCAAUUUCAUCCAGAUAGUGGAACAUCAAAAGCUGAUGCUAUUAAAUUUUCUGAGAUUGAAAGUGCAUAUAGAGAAAUUCGAAAAAUUAGGAAUGCCCAGAAUAAUAAACAAGUGUUGCCAGAAGUGGAAGAAUUUGACAUCAAGCACACAGCACCUCAACAUCGGCAUUAUUUGACUUUUGAUGUGGGUAUUGGUACACCAAGUAAAAGACAAAGAUUGCAUACAAUACAAAGAGCUCAAAAAGCAGUUAAUAAUGUAAUGGAGCACAGAUUGAAGAAACUACAAGCUGAGGAACGGAAUACAUUGAUUGGUAUGGAUAAACAGAGAGCCAAAGAUAUUAAAACUCGUUAUGGUAUGGAUCGUUUGGUGGAAGACUUGAUUCAAGAGGCAAUGAACAAAGGUGAAUUUAGAGACUUACCUGGAAUGGGAAAGCCAUUGAAUACUACAAGUUCCAGAAAUCCCUAUGUCGAUUUUGUUACUCAUAAACUAAAUCAGAUAUUGAUAGACAAUGGAUUUACCCCAGAAUGGAUACAACUAUCAAAAGAGAUCAGGGAAGAGAUUGAGGAGUUGAAAAAAAAAUUAUCAGAAAUGCGUAAUGAUGUAGGAGAACUUCCACUAAUACCAAAAGAGGCAGCUGUGUGGAAAGACAAUUUAGAGAAAUUAAAAAUUUCGGUUAAACAGAUAAAUAAUAAAGUCGAUAAAUAUAAUUUAUUAGUUCCUAUACUCCAAAAACAGAUGCUUCACGUUCGAUUGGACGAGCUUGCUAAAAAAGCAUUGUCGGUAGCACCUCUUAAAAAUGCUAAGAAAUACACAGAAAUUCAAAAGCACAAAAACUCCAAUGAAAAUAUUUCUCAGGACAUUUUUGAUCUUAUAAGUAAUUUGUUUAAUAGGAAGACUACGUAGAAAAUUAAUGUAAUAUUAGUGAUUAAUAUGUCGCGAAUCUAUUUAUAUAUAAAACAUUAAUAUAUUAAACUUAUGUAUAUAAAUAAGAAUAAGACACAUGUGAAUAACAAUAUAAAAAUUUAAUUUUUCUUUUA